UUCAUCAGACAGUUUAGCAUCUGGAGCUCUGCACAGCAGCGAACUCUUCCGACGAUCUGUCACGAUGCUGCGGUGUCUCUCCGCGGCGGCUCUGAUCGUGCUGCUGCCAUGUUUGUCGUUCUUUAAUGUGGAUGAGAAGAAUGGGAUGUCAUUCAGUGGCCCUGUGGAGGACAUGUUUGGCUACACUGUGCAACAGUUUGAGAACAGUGAAGGAAAAUGGGUUCUGAUUGGUUCUCCUCUGAAGGGUCAGCCAGCAAAGCGGACUGGAGACGUCUACAAAUGCCCUGUGGUUGCAGGCGGUUCUUCAGAGUGUAUAAAAUUAGACUUGCCUGACCAAACAACAAUUCCAAAAAUACUAGAAGUCAAAGAAAAUAUGACCAUGGGAACGACGUUGGUCGCUAAUCCGGAUGGGAAAGGAUUUCUGGCCUGUGGUCCUCAGUAUGGAUACAUGUGUGGAAGUCAGCAGUACAUCACCGGCAUCUGCUCUAACGUCAGCUCAUCAUUUAAAGUGCUUAACUCCAUCGCCCCGACUGUUCAAAAAUGUCAGCAGGACAUGGACAUUGUCAUUGUUCUGGACGGCUCUAACAGCAUCUACCCCUGGGAGGACAUCACAAGGUUUCUGGAGAAGUUUCUUGCAAAGAUUGUCAUCGGCCCAGCGAGGGUGGGUGUUGUAUCAUACGGAGAUGACGUCGGCCAUGUUUUUAACCUUAGCCAGUUCACCAGCACUAAGCAACUUGUUGAAGAAGCUGCCAAAAUCCCUCAGAGAACAGGCCACAAAACCAUGACUGCUCUGGGCAUCGAUACAGCAAGGAAGGAGGCUUUUACGGAGGAGCGUGGGGCGAGGCCAGGUGUCAAAAAGGUCAUGGUAAUCGUCACAGACGGUGAGUCACACGACAACUACGAUCUGAAAAGAGUCAUUGAGGACUGUCAAAAAGACGGGAUUGAGAGAUUCUCCAUUGCUGUGCUUGGUGAUUAUAACCGCCAAAAUAAAAGUCUUGAUCAAGUGAAACACUUCAUUGAGGAAAUCGAGUUCAUUGCAAGUGACAGAAAAGAGGAUCAUUUCUUCAAUGUGUCGGAUGAGGCAGCCCUGAUCAACAUUGUUGAUUCUCUAGGGGAGAAGAUCUUUGCUUUAGAGGCUACACCCUGGAACCGCGCCUCUUCGUUUGUGAUGGAGAUGUCUCAGUCCGGCUUCAGUGUUCACACAUCUAAAGAGGGUGUGAUGUUGGGGGCAGUUGGAGCAUAUGACUGGAAUGGCACUGUCGUCAUGCAGUCAGGAAAAAGCUUCACCGUGCUCAAAAACAACACCUUCCACAACCCUCUGGUGCAGAAAUACGAGGGCAUGGCGGGAUAUGUGGGUUAUGAUGUUCAGUCAGCGUACACACCCUCUGGAGUUUUUUACAUCACUGGAGCUCCGAGAUUCAACCACACCGGCCGGGUCAGCAUCUACCGCUUCGACGGGAAAAACAUCAACAUUACACAGAACCUGAAAGGAGAGCAGAUUGGUUCGUACUUUGGCAGCGUUCUCCAGACGCUUGAUGUUGACAAUGAUUCCUACACAGAUAUUCUGCUGGUUGGAGCUCCGAUGUAUAUGGGCCCAGAGAGAGACGAACAGGGACAAGUCUAUGUCUACAAGAUCAGUAAGGAAGGUGUGUUUGAGCAUGAGAUGACCCUGCGGCCGGUAAAGCAGACAUGCUGCACUGCCCACUCCCACUCCUGCACCAGUGUGAACAAAAACGAGCCAUGUGGAGCCCGAUUCGGCACAGCCAUCGCUGCCGUCCCCGACCUCAACCUGGAUGGCUUUAACGACGUGGUAAUUGGAUCACCGCUGGAGAACGACCACAGGGGGGCGGUGUACAUCUACCAUGGCAACCAGCGGUCAAUACGGGAGAAAUACGUGCAGCGAAUAGCAGCUGGAGGUGAUGGUGAAAAGAUGAAGUUCUUUGGCCAGUCCAUUCAUGGAAUCAUGGACUUGAAUAAUGAUGGCAUCAUCGACGUCACUAUUGGAGGAAUAGGAGGAGCUGCACUCUACUGGUCGCGGGAUGUUGCAGAGCUCCGUGCGACCAUGACCUUCGACCCGAACAAGAUCAACCUGCAGCAGCAGACGUGUAAGAUCAAUGGAAGGGACAUGGUGUGUGUGAGGACGACAGUGUGUUUCACAUACAAAGUAAAGUCUGAGAAAGAGACAAAUCCAGUUACAGUGAUCCACUACAACCUGACGCUAGACUCUCUGCGUGCGAUCGCCAGAGGGAGGUUUAAAGACACGGAUGACAGAAAAAUCCAGAAAAAUGCCACCAUCAAAAACCAUCUAUGCACUAAUCAUUCCUUCUACAUGUCGGAGAGACUGGACUUCAGGGAUCCACUCAUGGUGUCUCUGGACUUUGGGUUAGCAAGUGACGAUGGACCAGUUCUGGAUGGGGACUUGCCAACAUCGCUUAAUAAGACGAUCGCUUUGGUGGACUGUGGAAACAAUGACAAGUGCAUCGCUAAUUUACAUCUUCAAGCAAAGGCGAACAUCAGCAGCCUCAUCAUCAAAGCCAGCCAGGAGAAGUUCCAUGUCGACAUUAAAAUUCGAAACAGCGGAGACAGCGCUUACAACACCAGAGUCCUGCUGAGCACCACUGAAAAUAUCAACUACGUCAAAGUGGAGCCUAAAGAUAAAGACUGUGAGCCCAACAAUACCAGAGUGGUGUGUGCAGUGGGAUACCCGUUCCUCAAAUCAAACAUAGAGGAAGAGCUGAAGAUUAUCUUCGAGGUCAAUCCUUCCCACCUUCGAAAAGACAUUAUCAUUAACAUCACUGCGACUAGUGAUAGCGAAGAACCUCAGAGUGCGCUUGACGACAACUCUGUUUACAUAUCCAUCCCUGUGAAGUAUGAGGCUAGCCUGGAAUUCACUGCCACGAAGUACAUGAAGGAGGAUCAUAUAGUCAUAAAAGAAGGGGAGAAAUGGCCAGAUGUUUUCAACAGUACUAGCAUGAUUGGAGAGGAGAUGAAAGUUAGCUAUGCGAUUGUGAAAAAUACUGAGUUGAAGACUCCUCCUCUGAAGCUGACAGUCACCUUCCCAUACUCCACAUCCGCAGAUAACAUGCUGCUCUAUCUCACCGACAUCUCCACAUCCGAUAAUAUCACCUGUAAAAAAAAUUUGGUCGACCCUUUGGAAAUCCGACAGAAACAUCACACCCCAAAGCCUAAAACAGAAACACUCAGCAACUAUCUGCUGAACUGUAAAGUGGAAGCAAAUUUUUGCAAGUCAUUUAGCUGUUCAAUCUCCCGUGAUGCUAAAAGCAGUUAUAUCAAUGCCACCUUCAGAGUCUGGAUGCCAACAUUCAUCAAAGCCGAGUUUUCUGAAAAAAGUGUCGACAUGACAGUUCAUGCGAAGCUGGAGAACCAGGACGUAGACCUCUUCCAGCUGAGCAAGACUGAUGAAGUCAGAGAGGUGAAGGUCCAGAUCUCUAAAGAGUCUCGAGGUGGAAUUCCUCUGUGGAUCAUAAUCCUGAGUAUUCUUAUAGGACUUCUAAUACUGGCACUAGUUAUUUUUGCUCUUUGGAAGGCCGGGUUCUUCAAGAGAAAAUCAGUGGAAGACAUGAAGGAGGAAAUGAAAGAUGAGUAAAGGCUUCAGUCGGAGGUCAAACUUACCCUCAGGUCAAAGUUCACGCACUCACAGAGGCCAUAGAAAUCACAGCUUAGCAGGAUCAGCACGGACUGGGAACGUCAUGAGAAAACCCAAAGAUAAACUCCAAAACCUACCUCUGGAAUAUCUAGUAAUCCAGAAUGUGUGGAUCUUCAGGAAUGUUCCUAAAGCGUUCAGUGUUUAGACCAAAGAAUUUGGCACUGAUUAGUUUUGUGUACUUACUCCAAGGUCAGUGGAUGGUCUUGUCUUUGUCAAAGAUACCACAGAACUGUGAACAACUUUUCCAAACCAUGAAAUGCCUUAAGCUUUGGUUUUCCAAGGGCUAGAACCCUGACCUGUCCAGCUUAAGAUGAGAUAAAUGUUAUUCAUGCUCAAAUGGGACAAUAAAAUGGAAAUGGAAAUGGAAAAUCUCAUCAAGAACACUGAAAAUAUUAAGUCACAAUAUUAAAAAGCAAAUAUGAAGUAAAAGGAACAUCUGAAGUCACAAUAUUGAAAGGAAAUAUGAGGUCACAAUAUUAAAAAAAUGAAGUCAAUAUCAAGAGGACAAUAUGAAGUCCCUAUACUGAAAGCAUGAAGAACCCGUCCACAGCAUUUCACACUGCAGCUUCUUCAGUGCUCUAUGGCCGUUCAGUCAAACCCCAGACACAUCUGUGUGGACAGCACUGACCACGCAAUUAGAGGUCUUUACAUAAAUGAACUGAAUCUUUUAAAGAUUUUUUUUCAGAACCACUGUAAAUGUAUCCUUUGAGCUCAGUGUAUUGCAUUUUUUAUUGACUGUUUUGGCACAUUCCUCUGCUUGUACACUGUCAUUUUUCACAGAAGAUUUUUACCUCGUCUGAACAGCGGGGCUUUGAUUGAUUGUACUGUAACUGUAUAUAAAGCUCAGAAUGUAUAUAGAUGUUUGCAAUAAUGCUUGUAAUUUAAAAGAAUUUAUGAGGCCACAACCCCUGAAUACUGUUCUAAGAGCAAACUCUACUGCAGCCUUACUCAGGGGUUCAGCUCAGUAAUGCUACCGUUCAAAAGUUUGGAAUCACUUGUCAAAUUAGUAUUUGCUGUUACAUUACUCCAUUAAUAACUUUUAUAUAGUAUAGCUGGUGGAUCACUACAGCCAAUAGAACUGGUCUACAGCUCUGUUUAUUGUUCUAGACUGAUCUAACAUUUCUUUUAUUACAGCUUCCUAUGAAUUGUUGGAAAGCUGUAAAGUUGUCGAGUAUCAGCAUCACAACAGAUCCAUCUUACACACGUAACACGCUGGUUUGAUACUAACAGUGUAAAGUUCAAACUUUUGAAUGGUAAUAUAUGGCAACUAAAAUUGGAAAAUAAGUCAGUUUUCUGAGCUAUUGAAGUACGUAAAAAUGUGGAAAUUGACUGACCCAGAAAUGUUCACUAAUUUUGUUAAUGGUUAUGAUGAAGGUUUAAGCUUUUACUUUCCAGCUUUUGUAUUAACAGUGUUGAAUUUUGCCAAUGAAUUUGUUUAUGCAACCCAGUAUUGAUUGACAGUAUUAUCAGCAGCUCUUCAAGGUAGUUUUUUCAGGUUUGAAACAGAUUUUCUGUGUUUGUAUCAUUUUUUGCCUUUCUCUUAUAUGAAGGUUAUGAAAUCUGAAGUAUAAGUAAUGAAGGAUAAAGUAUCAUAGCGUGUGUCCUGGUUUUGGAGAAAUGCUAUUUAUAAAUAUCAAUUCAUAAAUUAAUUCACUUAUUAUAAUCAGGCAUGCAGAUUAACUGCUUCAUGUGAAAAAAAAAACCCAAACAGGUUUUCAGAGUGAGUACUUUUCUUUUCUUUUAUCUUUGACUUGUUCCAGGCUCCAGUUUCUCCAAGCAUUUUUUUUUAUUUCUUGGAUUGGUUUGGUAUGACUGCUGUUUAUCUGAGAGUAUAAAAUUGAAUUUUUAACUGAUUUGUCUAGACUGAGCAGGCUUCUCAAUCCUUUAAUGUUAUUUGGCUCGAUUAAACAUCUUGAGUGGAGACUGAAAUAUGAUUUUAAAUUUGGUGCCCCACUUCAUAUCUAAAAGUUAUAAAUCAGUUUAUGGAUGGCAUCUAUUACCAAAAGAAGUAUAAACCAGUGAACUUCAUUUCAAAGUACAUUGAGAGAAAAGAUGUUUUCAGAUGAUGUAACAUUUCACUUUUUCGGGUUAACUAUGAGCCAGAGUACAGAAGGAUACCUGUCAUAAGACUGCAUUAUCUGAUCUGUUUCAUAUCUCUUUAUAGCGUCUGAGAUUAUACUGUAUGUAAGAUCACUCCCGUUGGCAUCAGCACUCCACUGCUGCAAGCACGUAUCAUAUAUUAAAAAAAGAAAAAGAAAAAACACUCACAUCUGCGUUCUAGAUGUGAGGGACAGAGGUUAUUUUUAAAAUCAAUCACUGCUGUGAAGUUUCCAUGUAAUGCACUGGUUUUUGCUAGAAAAAAUAAUGCAAAUAAAAUAAAUACUUGUUUUGUAAUGAA